AUGGCUAAGAUUGACUAUCUUCUUUUUGAAGAACCUACUGGGUAUGCGAUCUUCAAGGUUAAGGUCCAACCUGAUGAUGUGAGCUCUGAUUUGAAGGAAGUCCAAAAACAAUUCAAUGACUUGGGCAAAUUCUCCAAGAUGGUUGAAUUGGUUUCUUUUGCCCCAUUCAAGGGUGCUGCUCAAGCUUUGGAAAAUGCCAACGAUAUCUCUGAAGGUUUGGUUUCCGACUACUUGAAGUCCGUUAUUGAAUUAAACAUUCCAAAGGCCUCCAAAAAGACACAAGUUGCAUUGGGUAUUUCAGACAAGAACUUGGGUCCAUCCAUCAAGGAAAACUUCAGCUUUAUUGACUGUAUUUCAAACGACCUCGUUCAAGAUUUGUUAAGAGGUGUCAGAUUACACUCUUUCAAGUUGUUGAAGAACUUACAAGAAGGUGAUAUUGAAAGAGCUCAAUUAGGUUUGGGUCACGCUUACUCUAGAGCUAAGGUUAAGUUCUCUGUUCAAAAGAAUGACAAUCAUAUUAUCCAAGCUAUUGCUCUUUUGGAUCAAUUAGACAAAGAUAUUAACACUUUUGCCAUGAGAACUAAGGAAUGGUACGGGUGGCACUUCCCAGAAUUGGCAAAGAUUGUCCCAGAAAACUACAAAUUUGCCAAGUUGAUUUUUUUCAUUAGGGACAAAUCUUCUAUCAAUGAUGAAUCAUUACACGACAUAACCGCUAUUCUUGAUGAUGACUCUGGUGUUGCUCAACAAGUUAUUGAUGCUGCCAGAAUCUCCAUGGGUCAAGACAUUUCUGAACAAGAUAUGGAAAAUGUUAUGACCUUUGCUGAACGUGUGAUUAACAUUUCUGACUACCGUAAACAAUUAUACUCUUACUUGACUGAAAAGAUGCACACUGUUGCUCCAAACUUGUCUGAAUUGAUUGGUGAAGUUAUUGGUGCUAGAUUGAUCUCUCACGCUGGUUCUUUGACUAACUUGUCCAAGCAAGCUGCUUCUACUGUCCAAAUCUUGGGUGCUGAAAAGGCCUUGUUCAGAGCUUUGAAAACUAAGGGUAACACUCCUAAAUAUGGUUUGAUCUACCACUCUGGUUUCAUCGGUAAGGCUAGUGCUAAGAAUAAGGGUAGAAUUUCUAGAUACUUGGCUAACAAGUGUUCUAUUGCUUCCAGAAUUGAUAACUACUCUGACAACCCAACUAAUAACUUUGGUAAAGUCUUGAAGAAACAAGUGGAAGAACGUUUAGAAUUUUACGACACUGGUAAGGCCCCAAUAAAGAAUGUUGACGCUAUGAGCGAAGCUAUCAAAUUGUCUAACAUUGAUGGUGAUGACAGUGAUGCUGAAAUGGAAGAUGCUACCGCUGCUGAAGUUACCGUAAGUGGUGAUGCUUCUGAUGCUGAAGAAAAGAAGGAAAAGAAGGACAAGAAGGACAAGAAGGAAAAGAAGGAAAAGAAGGACAAGAAGGACAAGAAGGAAAAGAAGGAAAAGAAAGAAAAGAAAGAAAAGAAGGACAAAAAGGAAAAAAAAGACAAAAAAGACAAAAAGAAGAGCAAAUCUGAUUAA